AGUUCAUCGCAUCCCCUCCUCCCUCGAACCAAACACGCCUUUUACCUCUCCGGCCUCUCUUAUGCGUAUCUCUCCCACGGCGUUCUCUACUUGCUGGAAGCCAGCCAGCCCUCUUUGAUAUCUAUCAUCUCUCGCUCGCAAAUACACACAGAGUAGAGCCUCUCUUAUUAAAUCCCCUUUGGCCUCUGUUACCCGCCAAAAGGUAUAAAUUUUAACUCCGUAUCGCCUCCCUCCUUUUUUUCGCCCCAAAUAUCACUGCAGCUUAACGUUUCUUCCCUCCUCGCCCCUCCCUCUCAGGCGAAGGCCUUGCUUAGCUGAUUGCAGAUUUAUGCGCCGGUCUCGCCAAGAACGCCAUCGUUUCAGUGCACGGAUCGGAUAGGUGUUCUUUUCUCCCUUGAUGGAAUCGACUGUCGAGUUGAAACUGGGGGAUGUAGGUGAGAAGAGGCAUCCGGAUGAAGUGGAGCUCGACGGGCUGCCAGCAGGGAAGAAGCCCAAGCGGGUUGUGGGCGGGAAUGUGAAGAAGGUUGCGGAGUUGGUGCUUGUGCUGGCCGCGAUGGGGAAGAUGAGGGGCGGGUGGAGCCCCACUGAUGCCGAGAAGGAGAUGAUGGUGGAGGCCAGGGAUAAGUUGGCCCAGGUGUGCCAAACGUUUGCUCCCAAGGAUGUGUUUCCCAGGGAUGCGUUUGGAGGUUUGAUCGAGGACCUUGGUCUCAAUAAGCUCAACGAACAGAAGUUAGGGUUUCACCCUCCUAAGAUGUCUAUUGCGGAGAAGAUAUUGAUUUGCAAAAGAAAGAUGGAAAAACCGGAGGAAGGACUACAAUCCGCUCUUUAUUCAUCCCAAUGCUUGCAAUCACAUACAGGUGUGAUGGUUGAGAACCGCGGUCCACCAAAUGCCACGAGAAUCUUUCCAGCUGAUAAAACAGGGCAUGCACAUUCUUCCUCUUCUUUUCAGCCAGGUUCUGCUCCAGGUCAGGGACCUAAUGCAAAUUCUACAUCUCUACCUUACCAAUUACCUACUAACGAGAUCAAACCAACUGUGCACAAUGGGUUAGCCCCUAGUAAUGUUGGAAAAGGCACAUCUCCAAUGCCAAUACCGCAUGUUGAAAGACCACAUCUCAGAUCUGAUGGUCGAUCAAAUGGCGCUUCUCAUAUUCAAGCAUCUUCUGCAGAUCACCCAACCUUGAGGUCGCCUAACUGGAUGAUGGCACCUUCAUCACAUUCAGCAUCUAAAGUGGGACCUGAAACUGGGGCUACGGUAACUUCAACAGGAAAAGUUGAGAGUGUUGCUGAUCACAAGUCAGGGAUGGUCCACCAAGUAACAACAUCUAGACCUUUUAUCAAUCAGACUUCUUCUGGGAACUUGCCAAACAUACAUCAGCAUAUACAUGGAAUGAGCUUUGUCCCUGGCCUUCCUCCCAGUAUCCCUCAUGUUGAAGUUGGUAAGAUUGUUCAGAGGUUUUUGCAACCCCAUCGUCCUGAUCGACCUGCAUGGACUCCACCAUCUAGAGAUUAUAUGAGUAAGCCACUUACUUGUCAAAUGUGCAAGUCCACUGUGAAUGACGUGGACAACGUUCUUGUUUGUGAUGCUUGUGAAAAAGGGUAUCACUUGAAAUGUCUCCAGAUGACUAAUCCGAAAGGUAUUCCUAGGGGGGAAUGGCAUUGUGUUAAGUGCUUGGCACUAACGAAUGGUAAACCACUGCCACCCAAAUAUGGGCGUGUCAUGAGGAAUAUCAAUGCACCAAAAAUCUCUUCAAAUGCUAUAAUGGCUCAGCCAUGUGUUGACAAAAAAGUUUCUUGCGCAAAUGAGAAGAUGUCCAGUCAGCAGAAAGUGGCAGUCAAUGGGAAUGUUGCAUUACAAAAUCCUCCUACUGUUGACGUAGCAAAUAGGGUUGAAAAUGGCAAAGAAAUGCAAGGGAAUGACACAGUGUCAAGUAUUAAAAGUAUUGAUAGUAGAACUUCUUCUGAAUCGUGUCCAAACAGCACGGCUAAAGCUUCCAGUGAUAAUUGUGUUUCCCUUACUGGCUCAUCAGCUGAUAAAUCUUGCCAAGAGAAUUCAGUAGAUUUGAAACAGCAGCCUCAUGCUACAACUAAUACACUGCUGUGUUCAUCUGAAAAUUCACAUCCCUCAUUGAACCUCCCAAAUGUUAAUCAUUUACGGAUCUCAAAUUGUGUAUAUGUUUCUUCUAAACAUCUUGACAAUCACCUUGACAAUGUUGAUUUGAAGGAGUCUUUUGAUAGGGACACUUUCAGUACCAAUUCCAAUGGUGUUGCUAAUAUAGGGCAGCAAGAGGUUUUAGAAGUAAAUACUGCUGAUGAUUCUAAAGCUUGUAAUGAGAUCAUAAAAGGCAGCAAUUCUUCAUCCAAUUGCGUAAAUAUUGUUGAUUGGGCCGGCAGUAAACUUCCUGUUGAAGAUGAGAAAAAUUAUUAUGAAGCGUGCCGAGUUAAUGGCUGUGUCUAUAGUCCUAAAGACUAUGCUCUUAUUCGUUUUGAAAAUGAUAGAUUGAUUCCUUCACAGAUUCAGACUAUGUGGGAAGAUACUAAAACUGGAACCAAAUGGGUUGCUGUUAAUAGGUGUUACUUUCCUAGGGAUUUGCCAGCAUCUGUUGGGCGGCCUUGUAGUCUGGAAAACAACGAGGUCUAUUUGUCUAAUUUUGGGAGCACAGUGAUGGCUGGACUGAUUCAUGGUCCAUGUGAAGUUCUUCCUUCAAGCAGGUUCACUGAAGAAAGAGAAAGGAGAACUCGUGCUGGAACAGAGCAAAAUGAUUCAGGACCGCUUUAUUUGUGCAAGUGGUUUUUUGAUGAAGCGAAAGGUUUAUUCCGUGACGUUUCCUGUUAAUUGCAGGGGGGUUGUGUUUUUGGUACUUCCUUCUGUAUCAGUGAACCGGGCAGCCUGCUGUGGCUGUGUGUCUACAAGACAGGGAGUUUCACGUAAAAUUGUAGCUGUAGUAGUGGUCUCAGGUAAUUCUUUAGAUGACCUUUGGAGUGCACUGUUCCCCCUUCAUGUAUGGCCGGCUUGUUAGUACAGUGGAAUGUAGAAAGGCGGUAAGAUUUGUGUUUAGAUUAGAUGCCAUAUCCGACCAUCCCAAAAGUUCUUUUUUUUUUGGAUGAAUCCAUCCCAAAAGUUCUUAUAUUGUGCUAAGGUAAUUUUAUUCUUUUGUUGGUAAACAGAAUAAAUUUCUGCUCUUAUUCUUUCCUCUACAGCUUCUUAAUGUACAAACUCCCAAGUUAUAGGUCUGUGCCACCUAAAGCUAAAUACAGCGUAGAAAAUUUGGCAUUUACACCCAAUAUUAU